CAGAAGACGUGGCUGUGAUUGGCCGCCGGAGCCCAUGACGUCAUAGGAGGCGUUGCUAUAAAUAGUCCCAAACAGACGACGUCGUCACAGUUUCAUCGACUUCCUAUUUUAAUAAUAAAAAAUCUGCGUCUUCAAAAAUGGCAAAGCCAAAGGUUUUCUUUGACAUCACCAUUGAUGGCGAUAGCGCGGGAAGGAUCACGAUGGAGCUUCGAGCAGACGUGGUACCAAAGACUGCUGAGAACUUCCGGGCUCUGUGUACGGGAGAGAAAGGUUUUGGCUACAAGGGCUCCACAUUUCAUCGCAUCAUUCCCAAUUUCAUGUGUCAGGGCGGAGACUUCACCAACCACAAUGGAACAGGAGGAAAGUCCAUCUACGGAGAAAAGUUCGCUGACGAGAACUUCCAGCUGAAGCAUGGCGGCAUGGGAACCCUGUCCAUGGCCAACGCCGGGCCAAACACCAACGGCUCGCAGUUCUUCAUCUGCACAGCGUCCACUGACUGGCUCAACGGGAAGCACGUGGUGUUCGGGAGCGUGGUGGACGGCUUGGACGUUCUGAAGAUUAUCGAGAAGCAAGGAACCAAGAGUGGAACCCCCAAAGCCAAGGUGGUCAUCGCUGACUGCGGGGAGCUUAAGUAGAAUCUCGCUGCCAUGUAACGCCCCCUGCUGGUACAGUCAAGUCAUUGGCUUGCAAACCAAUGUCUCCACGAGAGGCCACUGUUGCUCUCCCUUUUCAAUAGCAAGGAAAAAAGUAACAAAAAUAUGUGGAAAAAACGUUUUCUUCCUUGACCAAACCUCCUUUGACUAUCAUCUUGUAACACAGUCUUUGUAAUUGUGAUUAUUAGGAACAUUUAUUAAAAGCAGGCAGUUGUACAAAUUGUUCACAAUAAAAACUUACAAAGCAAAGUGUAAAAACUCAAAAAUUAAGGCAUCAACAUCUCCAUCAAGCUCAAAGAGAGUGAUACAAAAAUAAUUUCUAACUUUUUUUU